AUGCUCGCCCCUAGUAUUCGCAUUGAUAUCAUGGGAAAUAGUGCUUUUCCAAUUGUUUCAUGCGCCAUAUACCUCUGCCUCUUGUCCAAAUACAGUCAUGGAGAAUCGGACACGGCUAAUCGCACAUCGAGGGGAAUCUUGCAAAGGUUACCACUGGGUAGCGGCCACCUGGAACGGAAAAUUUAUAAAGGGUAA